AUGAUUGGUUUACCCAAAUCUGGAAAAAGAACUCUAUUAAAUUAAAUUUCUUGUAAAUUCAAACAUACUCCAAUUUAUUCAGGAGAUCUAAUAACAGCAUUAAAGUAUUCUAAAUUCAAUCUUCUAUGUUACCACAACAUAGAUGACAACUCAAUCCAAAAUCAUGUGAAUCCUGUUUUUCAGAAAAUAGAAGCUCUUAUCUUUGUAGUAGAUUCAUCAAACCUUGCAGAUUUAAACAAUUCUCAUGUGUUAUUGCAAUCUCAAUUAAAUUAACUCAAAGGAAUACCAAUUCUACUUAUUAUAAGUAAAUAUCAUAAAGCAUAAAUAACCAUAUAAGAAAUUGUUAUUUAGUUUGAACUAAUCAAAUUGAGGUAACCAUGGUUUGUUCGAACAGUUGGAUCUGAUGUAUCUGAAAUAGAAGAAGGUUUAGACUGGCUUUAUGAUUAAAUUAAACAUAUUAAAUAAUGA